AUGAUGAACACAAAGAAGUUAAUCAAGAUGGCCAAGAAAUGGCAACAAAGAGCAGCCUUAAGCAGAAAAAGAAUCUCAUUCCAAAAAUCAAAUACUACUACAAGUAGCAGCUCAGCCUCUGUAGAGAAGGGCUGUUUCGUGGUUUACACGGUGGAUAACAUUCGCUUUGCUUUUCCGUUAAGGUACCUGAGCAACUCUGUUUUCCAAGAGCUCUUGAAGAUCUCUGAAGAAGAGUUUGGCCUCCCUGCCGGUGGACCAAUCACGUUGCCGUUCGAUUCGGUUUUCUUGGAGUAUCUCAUCAAAUUGGUGGAAAGACGAAUGGAUGGAGACACAGAAAAGGCUCUGCUAAUGUCAAUCUCUAGUGCUAGAUGUUCUUCACAAUGUUCUUUGCAAGAACAGAGUAGUACUAGUCAACAAUUGCUUGUAUUUUAG